AUGCCAAGCCCUCGGAGCCGGUCGGCCCGGCAGAGGCGGUCGGCGGGGCAGGUUCAUUUUCCUCUGAAUUCAGGCGGCGCUACGGGCAGCUCAGGAGGCGGAAGGGACAGAAGGCCCUCUCAGGCGGCUGUUGACGUGUCGGUGGGGAGCGGUGGCGGUGAGAGCAUCAUGUCGAAAGUUACCUUUAAAGUGACGCUCACCUCGGACCCGCGGCUGCCGUACAAAGUGUUAAGUGUGCCUGAAAGUACACCUUUCACAGCUGUCUUGAAGUUUGCAGCAGAAGAAUUCAAAGUUCCUGCAGCAACAAGUGCCAUUAUAACAAAUGAUGGCAUAGGAAUAAACCCAGCGCAGACAGCAGGAAAUGUAUUUCUAAAGCAUGGUUCAGAUCUACGGAUUAUUCCCAGAGAUCGAGUGGGGAGUUCUUAACAUCUCCUGAAAGCUUUGGAAUAAGUGACAUUGCCAUGCAGCGAAGGUCUAUUUAUUUUGGAACUCCAAAAUGCAACUAAUGAAUUGGCCUUUUAUAAAGCUAGUAAAAAUGACUCCCCAGGAUUUGAUUUUUUUUUUUAAAUAGAGAUAAGGUUUCAUUUUCUUGUUAAAAUAUAUUGACUCCUGCACGGAUUCUUCCUGGACUAGUUGAAAAAUGGGAUGAUUGCAUGUUGCGUUCCUGAAAGCAAGCUGGAUUUCUUUAUAGGUGUUACUGACACCACAAGGGUAAACACACAGCCACAAUCAAUAGAUAUUUAAAAUAUUGGAUAGCGUUGAGCCUACUUUGUGGAAGAGGGAACUGAGUUACAAUUUCGUUACAAAGAGAUUGUUCCUACUGAGUGCUAAAACUUCGUAUUUCCCUUUUUUUUUUUUCCCCAAAACUUACUUUCCAUGUUUACAGGAACAGUUUUCACAUGGUUCAAGAAUUAAGCUCAAAUAGAAAGGAAAUUUCAGGGGUUCACUACUCAAGUAAGUAAAUAACUGCCAAAUGGUCCAAAGUCUUUGUAGGAUUUAGUUGCUGCAGAUGUUAGAUAAAGGAGAAAACAGAGGUUUUUCCAUGUAAAACCUUCGUUUGACGUAUUGUAAAGUUAAAUGUAAUUUCAGAGAAUUUAUGGACCUAAUCUCACAGGAAGUGCCAUCAGCUGAGAAGGAUUGCAGCAUAAUUUGAGAAUGUGUAGGAACUGGUCAAAUAUGUCAUUCCUUUUUCAGUAAACUGAUACUGGUUCUUUUAAAAAAGUCUGGUUUUAUUGUUGCGUGUUACAUGGGAAACAGUGUAGAAUUCACUGAAAUGUCUGUGUCAGAUUAUGUGUUUCUUGUUUAUAAAUUGCCAGGGGUAAACUAUCAGUUGUGUAAUUUAAUUAGAGAAGAUGUUGCUUUCCUUGAACUCGUAAUCUACUUUGUGAUUAAUAUAUUUGGCAGAAUCUUACAUUAUUGCAUUUUUUCCUUUCCUACUGGGUUUAACAGAAAGAACAGUGGGCAAUGUAGUGCUUGGUUAAGUAAGUAUUGUCACAAAUACAACUGUUCUGUGCAAUAAUCAUACUCUAGAAAGAUUUUUAGAUAAUGUGUCAGGUAGUACAGAAGUACAAAAUGCCCUUCUAAGUGGAUGUAAAUGGAGCAUAUAGAGGAAGACUCUUUUGAAAGUGAUAUAUGACUGUAAACAUUUUCCAGCUCUUCAGAUGAAUUGUAAAAUUCUGUAUUUUUAUUUUAAUAAACAAUUGUAUGAAAAAAAAAUGAACUUUGUUCUCUCUCAUAUUCUUAAUUAAUAAUAAUAAUUAAAAACUCUGCCCUUUAAUCUUCUGACCAACAUGCUGUGAGAUUCAUUUCAAGCCAGAAGACACUCAUUUUGCAGAAUUCUACAGAAAACUGCCCUUAAGGGGCAGAGGGCAUAGUUUCUAUUAAUCUAGUGCCGUGAUAUAAUUAGAGUGAGCCAAAUUAAUUGCUUGUAAAUUUUGGCUGCAUAUCGCUUCACUGAAUGCAUGAAAAACCAUCUGAUACUGGAAUAUAACAAACACAGCCUUUUUUUUUUUUCUUUUCUUUGUCUAGAGGUGCAGUUUCUUUCAAAGGACCAUCGUGGUUAGAUGCAUUUUGGAACUUAAGGUGCUCUGAUGCUUAUGUGAAAGAGAGUUAUGUAAAACUAAUUUCAGGUGGUGGCUAACAUUUCUUACACUGUUUCUGUAAUAAGGGCAUAAAGUGUUUGACAUAGUGCAUUGCAAGUAGUGUAUGUAACAUGCAAAGUAUUUAUUUGGAACAAUAAGUGGUGCUUGUAGCUCUUUAUCUGUUCAUUACAACUUUGUCACCAUGUGGUCUAAAAUCUGAACAUAACUUUUCUGUUUGGUAAAGAGGCUUAAUUUCAGUGCUACAAUGUACUUAGCAGAUGUUUGCAAGUUGAUUUGACAUUUGCAAGCUCAUUUUGUUAAGUUAUGUUUGACAUGGUUGUAUGGGAAAAAAAAUUAAGUUUAGAACCAACCUGCUUAGGGCUUGGGAGUUGUCACCAUAUGGUGAAAAGUGCUGUACUGGCUUGUCU